AUGCACGCCUUCUUCCUCUGUUCGUUCGUGCAGGAAGUGUGGCAAAAAGCUCCCCUCACAAAGACAGUUUACAUAGAUGCGACUGAUGAUUUCCAAGCUGUCUUGGUAAAGUUCCGACAUGUAACUUGUCUUCCACCGUCAGGUAUCUCAUCCCCCGUCCUUCCUUGGAUCUGCUGGUCGCUUUGGACGGCGAGAAACAGACUGAUUUUCGAAGACAAGAAGCUCAACCCUAACGAAGUCAUGCUUAGAAGUUUAGUCUCAGCUCGUGAAUGGAUCCAAGCUCAAGAAAAUUUACCACAGAAGCACAAGUGUUACCUCAAGGGCCCCAGUUUCACCGGAACGAUGCAUGGUAGCAAGCAAACUACGACAUGCAACUCCGACGCGUCUUGGAACUCAACUACUAGGAAAGCAGGCCUAGCGUGGAUCAUCUCAACACUGACAUCAAAUCAACUCCACGAAGGAUCGCUACGCACUGAAAAACCAGCUGCAGAUCUCGACAUCAUUAGCCUCAAGGUCUGCUCCGACUGUCAAACGCUCAUUAGAGCAAUCCAAAACAGGCCCCAGAUUAAGGAAAUCUUCGGUAUCGUUUUCGAUAUCAUGCAGAUCUUCUCUGCAUUCGCAUCUAUCUCUUUCUGUUUUGUUCCACGAUCUGAGAACCGUAAAACUGAUCUGUUAGGUAAACAAGCCUUAGUUUCAUCUGCUUCUAUUGAUGGGAAACUUGAGGCGCCAAAAACGAUUGAAGAGUGGGGAGACAUAGGAGAAGGUAGGUGCUGGCUAUGUUUCAAAAACGUGAAAGGUAUCGUCCUCAAUGGGUCUGGUGUCCUCCACCCUCAUGGCGAAGCUUGGUGGUCGUCUGUUGAUCACUCCAAUCGACCACGGGCAGUUGGAUUUAAUGCAAGUGCUGACAUAAUAUAUAGUGGACUAACUCAAUUCAAUAGCCCAAAGAAUCAUGUUUCAGUUUAUAAUUGCACCAACGCAACUUUAUCAAAUCUUCAUCUCAUCGCACCUAAAGAUAGUCCAAACAGUGAUGGUAUCGACAUUGCUCUUUCAAACAAUGUCCAGAUUUUCAAUUCAUCUAUCCAAACAGGUGACGAUUGUGUUGCGAUUAAUGGUGGUUCACACGAUAUCAACAUAACUCAUGUGACAUGUGGUCCGGGCCAUGGCAUCAGUAUUGGAAGUUUGGGCAGAGAUGGGCUAACUGAAACGGUUGAGAACGUGCAAGUAAGACACUGCAGCUUCAAUGGUACUAUGUAUGGGGCAAGAAUCAAAACUUGGGCUGGAGGCAAAGGGUUCGCCAAAAAUAUUAUAUACGAGAACAUUACAUUAAUAGAUGCCGCAUAUCCUAUCAUCAUCGAUCAGCAUUAUUGUAAUGGUGGGUCAGAACUGAAUGCUACUGCUGUGAAAGUGAGCGAUGUGACAUUUAGAAAUUUCAGAGGGACAUGCGCAGAUGAUAUUGCGAUAAAACUAGCUUGUGACAAGCUAGUAAAUUGUCAAAACAUCGUGAUGGAAAAUAUAAACAUCGUUUCUUCAUCUUCAAAAGAGCAUCUCUCCACGUAUUGUCAAUACGCUAAUGUAGUUACUCACUUUGUCAACGUUGAUAUCAAGUGUGGUUCAACCUCAAGCUCCGACUUCGACCCCGUAUUCUCAACCUCCGGCGCCCUGUGCUGAACCUCCGGCACCAUCUCUUCUUACAUAUCUUAUCUAAGGCGCCAUCUUGUGAAGCUUAUCAAAGUGGUGAUGAGAUUUGUCAGUUGGGAUCUAACGAACAAAAGCAUCAGCAUUGUUGAAGUUUUUCAACAAAAGUAUUUUAUAAUAUAGUCCAAUCUACAACUAGAUUUUAAAUAUGAAAAACAGACCAAUAAUAGCUUGACAAAUUUAAUAAAAGUACUAGAUUUUGACCCGCGCUUUUAAAGCGCGGGAUUAUUUCUGAAAUGAAUUUUUUUUUGUUAUAAAUUUAUAUUUAUAAUUAUUUAUCGACAUUUAAAUAUUACAAAUGAAACAUUUUAUUCAGUGUUUUGAAACUCGAUCUAGACCCGUGGUUAAAUCGGAAAACCUGGUGAUUCGAUAUUUAAUCCAGUUUAUUUUUCAAGAAAAACUCAUUAGUUAAAAAUCUUAUAAACCUGCUAAAACCCGGGAUUCGACUACCAAUUGAACCAAUGAAUGACCCGAUAUAUAAUCCGAUUUGACUUAAAUUAUUAUAUUUAGAGCAUUUUAAUAUAUAUAUAUAUAUAUAUAUAUAUAUAUUUAUGAAUGUCUAGAUGUUGGUGGAUAUAUUUUGAUUGUGAUGCUUCAGUUUUACAAAUAUUAACAAUACAAUGUUUUGGCAAAUUUUAUUUUAUUUUAUAUAUGUUGGUGAAGUAUAUAUAUAUUGGUAGGAUUAAAUGUAGGGAUAAGUUUAUUCUUGAUACACAUGUUAAACUCAAUAUUUUCAGGUUAUGCAUAAAAUCUAAGAGCCAUAGUUUUCUAAUUACAUAAAUAUAUUUCUGAUCUUUUGGCAUUCUGACAAUCUUUGUUAACAGCAUGCAAAUAUAUUUUUUAAACCUUUUUAUUUUGAAAGUUUUUAGCUUCCUAUAAUCAUGAUAUGUAACUUAUAUUUCCAAAAAAAAUCAACUAAACGGACUAAAUUAAAUUUUAAAUUUUGAAAAUCCUUCUUGUUUUAUAAGUUUAGAUUUUCUACAUGGAAAAAAUUUGUAAUCAUUUUUAUUCCAAAACAAAUCCUCUUUUUUUGGUUUGUAAUCUCAAUUUUUGUCAACUAAACCUAAUUGUUAAAUUAAAUUAAUAGAAACCUUGUUAUUCAAUAAGUUUAGAUCUUUCGAUAUGAAAUGAAUUUCAAGUUUAGAUCGCAAAAAAAAAACAUGUAGGUUUUAUGAUGACCCAAAGAUAUAUAUAGUUCUUUUACAAAAAAAGAAAGAAAGAAAGAUAUAUUUAGUUUUAUAUUGUCAUUGUUUGUUAAGAAAGCAUAGAGUAUGUAACUACGUUUUUAGACUCAGUUUCAUUAGUUUUGUUAAAAAUUUAUGUUACUGUAUAAAAGUCCAGCAACAACAAUAUAUAACAUAAAGUAAACAUGUGAUAUAUAAUACAAUAUUUGUAUAACAUUAAGUAAUAAUGAAUCAAUAUUACACGAGUAAAUAAAACGGAGGAGUAUAGUUCAGACAUAUCACAAAGACAACAUAGGGUAGAUUUAGAUAGCAUAAAUAAAGUAAAAUAUCUCCUAAAAUACUGGUAUAAGUUGUUAGGUUAGGCUGUAUAUUUCAUUUAAUAAAAGGUAUUAGUCAAAAUAUAAUGAUAUUUAAUAAAUGUAUUUGUCCAACAUAUAAUACUUGCAAGUAGAUAAAUAUUGCUUCUGUUUUAAUAGUAUUGAUAGAUAAACAUCUGUUAUUAGCUAAAACAGAUUUUUUCAAAAAAAAAAGAAGUUAAAAUAGAAUGAUAUGUAAAUAUUUUCAAAAUAAAAAAAUACCUGAAAAAAGUCUUCAUGCUUGAGUUUCAGUUACUUUUAAUAAAAUAUUAUUUGAGCUCCUAACACACAAUUCUGGUCCAAAUAGUUAAAGUCCUAAGUAUCUUCAUUUAGACUCAUAUCUUCAUUGUUUAAAAAACAAUUGUUGACUACAUAAUCGUUAAUAUUGUUAAUAUUAUGGUUAUGAUUUAAUUGAUCCAUAUAACAUUAAAUAAAGGGUAACAAAUUCCAAUAUAUUGUAGUUAUGAUUUAAAAGAUUCACAUAACACUAAAUAAAAUAUUGAUACAUAAACAAUUAUUUAAUAUUUAUCAAUACAUACAUAUAAUAAUUUUUUAUUAACGCAUAACGUUUAAAAUAUAUUUGUAAUCAAUCCUGAGAAUAUUUACAUAUAAAAUAGAACACUAUCUAUUUCUAGUUUAUUAAAAGGUAGAAUAUUUUAGAAUACUUUGAUUUGAGAUUUAAGGUUUAAAAAUAUUGAGCUACUAAAUAUUCAGAAAUAAACUACUAUAUUAAUAAUUUAUAUUCGUAUAUAAUCAGAAUAUCCCAGUUUCUGAAUUUAAAAUACAGUUCUACAAUCGAAAAAACAAUAUUGAGCAUAAAGAGUCGACUACUUUAAAUUAUGAGAUUUUCUGUUGGUUUGGAUAUGGAAACCAGAAAAAUAUAAUAAAAAUUUGUUUUCUAAGUUUUUUUUUCUUAUUUUUAAAACAUAAUACUUUUCUAAGCAUAAAAACAGAUGUUUUUUGAAACAAACACAGUUGUUAAAAAAGUAAGGAAACAAAACAAUAUGAUUAAUAUAUCACACUUGUUUAAAGGUGUCAGACGACAGAUCAUUUAUCUAAAAUUAACCAUAGUAUAGGAAUGGUUUAUAUAACUAAAAUGAUGAUAUCAUAUCGAAGUCCAUUAAAAAACUCAGGUCUUUAGGAGAAAAAAAAAACUCAAAUGUUACAUUUUGGAGUUUCCAGAAAACAAAAGUGAAAUCUUGUUUCUCUAUAAUAACAUCACACAAAUCUUGAGCAAUUCUAAAA